UCCGGAGUGAGAGGGGCUCUCUCCUCGCGGCAGAGGGGAGACACAGCCCAAGUGGCCGAGACUGGGAGGUCAAGCCCCGUUACCAUCUCGGGAUCCCGGCAGAGACCGCAGGGAUGAAAGUGGCUGUGGUGGGCGCGGGGGUCAGCGGGCUGGCAGCCACCAAGUGCUGCCUGGACGAGGGGCUGGAGCCCACGUGCUUCGAGCAGAGCCAGGACAUCGGGGGAGUCUGGCGCUACACGGAGCACAUCGAGGCCGGCCGGCCGAGCCUCUACCCGUCAGUGAUCAGCAACACCUCCAAGGAGAUGUCGGCCUUCUCAGACUUCCCUUUCCCUGAGGAUUUCCCAGUGUUCCUGCCCAAUGCCAAGUUCCUGGAAUACCUCCGGCGCUACGCUGAGCACUUCAGCCUCCGGGAGCACAUCAGAUUUGGGACCACCGUGGUCAGCAUCCGUCAGCAGCCCGACUUYGCCAGCACGGGCCGGUGGAAUGUGGUCACAGAGGCGGAUGGGAAGCAGAAAACAGAAGUCUUUGAUGCCGUUAUGGUUUGCAGCGGCAAUUUCUCCGAGCCGUCCCUCCCCCUGCACUCUUUUYCUGGCAUCGAGAGGUUCCGAGGGCAGUACUUCCACAGCCGGCAGUACAAGCAUCCCGCCGUGUUCCAGGGCAAGCAUGUCCUCGUGGUGGGCAUGGGAAACUCUGGAGUGGACAUCGCAGUGGAGGCCAGUCGUGUAGCCACAAAGGUGACCAUCAGCACCACUCGAGGAGCCUGGCUGAUCGGUCGUGUGUUUGAGCAUGGCUAUCCGUGGGAUAUGGUUUUAAACACUCGUCUCAUGAGCCUGAUCAAAACCAACCUCCCCAGACCCCUUUCAUGGUGGUUGAUUAAUCACAAGGUGAACCAGUGGUUCAACCAUGAGAACUACGGCAUUCAGCCAGAGAACAGCUGCCUGGUGCGUGAGCCCGUGCUGAGCGACGACCUUCCAAGCUACAUCCUGACAGGCAGGAUCACCAUCAAGCCGGGCGUGAAGGAAUUUAAGGACAACUCCGYUGUUUUCCACAACUGCCCCGAGGAGGAGCCCAUUGACAUCGUUGUCUUCUGCACAGGCUACAACGUCUCCUUCCCAUUCCUAGAGGAAUCAGUGGUCAGGGUGGAAAACAAGCACGCAUCCCUCUACAAAUACGUGUUCCCAACACACCUGCAGAAGCCCACCCUGGCUGUCAUCGGGCUGAUUAAGCCCUUUGGAGGCAUCGUGCCCGUGGCAGAGAUGCAGGCACGCUGGGUGAGCCGUGUCUUCAAAGGCUUGUGUCAGUUGCCUUCCCAGUCUGUCAUGGAGAAGGAAGUAAAUGAGAACAAGAAAAACCAAGUCCGAUGGUUUGGUCUGACCUUUGACGAGGUUCUCAAAACCGAGUGGCUGGUUUACCUSGACACGCUCGCCUCCUUCAUCGGGGCCAAGCCCAGCGUGCUGGGGCUGCUYUGCACAGACCCUUGGCUGGCUCUCACCAUCUUCUUUGGCCCCUGCUCCCCCUACCAGUACCGACUGGGGGGUCCUGGGCRCUGGGAGGGGGCACGGCAGGCCAUCCUCACCCAGUGGGACCGGGUCCUGAAGCCCACGAGAACACGAGUGCCUGCUGGCUCCUCCAGCUCUUUCCCUUCUCUCCUGGCUGUGGUGGGGUUCCUCCUGCUCCUGGCUGCUGUGAUUUUUGGUUUCCAGUAGCUUUUAGAGCCUGAUUUUUGUUGUUUGUUUUCCUUUUUGUUUGGUUUUUUUUAUCCUGGGGUGUGUUAUCUCUGGUCAGACAGCUCCUCAGUGUGCCACUGGACUGGGGAAAUGGAUUUCACUAGAUGGCAAGAAAUUUUGUAUUGCAACCUGCCACACAAACCUCACUCUGCUCCAGCUCAACCCCAAACACAUCUUUGCAAACCCCAUUAACCAAAAAUCCCAAUGAAAAGGCACUGGUUGUGGUGGUUUGUGUCACGCCUGAGUCUGGGGCAGGUACCUUGAGGGGCUGAGCACUUCUGACUUUGCUUCCUGCAUGUCCCAUCACUGGACAAUCCUGUGGCUUUGUUUUAUGCAUGGAGAAACCUUAAAUGAAUAAAAUCUCAGUGACUGUGA